UCCAGAAGCCAGGUGGCGGGGAAGAUGAGCGGCACGUAGGCCACCAUGUAGACGAUGGAGAGCCAGUCCACCUUGUCGCUGGUGACCCCGUAGUAGUGCAUGAACACGUUGGUGAUGAUGCUGUACUGGAUCCACUGGAAGGCGUUCACCAGGGAGUACAGGCUGAACACCGCGAGCACGGCGAACCGGAGCCGGUACAGCUUCGUCUCCGGCCGCGCGCCGUGCUUCUUCUCCUCCUUCUCUCCUCCGUUAGGCAGCAUCGCCUCUCUCUCAUCCGGCGGCACCUCCUUCUCCUGCUCCAGCGCCGGGUCCGUGUCUGCAGCCCCGCCCGGUGUCGCCGCCGCAGCUGCGUAUGUCGGCUCCGCGCAUCGCUUCGUGUCUCCCUCCGGAUCCGGGCACUUCAUCACCGCGAUGUCGUCAGGUGCACCGGGAUGAAGCUCCUGUACGAGCUCUCCAGCCACCAUGAUUGAAGUUUUCUCUCAAUUUCCAGCGAGAUGCGACAGUAAGAAGAGGCAGGAAGCGCUCUGGUUUCCUCAUUCGGUUACCAUCCGUUAAGAGCCAGUCACACUACAGACAUUUUAAACACAACCUGCGCACUCCCAACACAAAUCAUCCGGUUAUUCUAUCCCUGAUUCCUGUUCUCCAGCAUGCUGCCUCUCUGCUUGUAUGAGCGUGUGUGUGACGCUCUUUCUCUCUCUCUCUCGCUCUCUCUCUAUAUAUCCUUUGUUCCGCCGAAGCUGACACAUGCCUUCCGAUGCGGAUGAGCCAAUAGUAGAGCAGCUUCAGUAUCUUACUACUACUGCCUGCUGUAACCACAUGAAUGGUUGAGGUGGAAUAACUACUCAGAUCCUUUAGUUCAGUGGGUAAUAAAACUCAUUCCAGCUAAAUGUAUGUAGAGUCUCUCCUGGGACAUGUCUCCAUGCUCUAAUGUUCAGAAAGCUCUUUAUGUUUCUCAUACUGCCUGUGCUGCAGCUCCUCUUUUCCCCCUCUGUCUGAAACCAGAGCCCAGUCUGCUCUGAUUGGUUAGCUGGCCGUCUCUGUUGUGAUUGGUCAACCUGCUUAAGAGAUGUCCGGCCCCCUUAGCCUAUAAAGUACAAUGUGUUGGAGCGCUAUAGCCAAUAGGAGUGCGAGUAGAAGCCAAUAGAAGUUUGAGUGUUCCAUAGUGAUGUCACUAUGUUCAGGAAGUAAACAAAGGUGACAAAUCGAGGUGUUUCAGGCAGGGGUGGUGGGGGAGAAAGUAGAGAAAUAUAUCAGCUAAAUGCACUUAAAGUUUCUUUAUUCUUAAAGUUCUUUAUUCUUUAUAUUAAAGAUAUAUGUUUUGGAUCAACAAUAUACUCUGUGAAGUUUUACUCGUGGGUGAUUUCAUUGAUAAUGUAAAUACAACGUUGGUAAAUGAGUCCCAGUCACGUCUGUAACGUUCCUGCUGUAGGUCCUCUACUAGUCCAUGAGCCUGUCCAUGUGCUCAGGCCUUUAUCUGCUCUAAUCCUGAUCCUCCUUUGACCCAGUGGGACCGCACUGCAGGUCUGAUCCCAGGAAACUCACUCCAGAGCUGCCGGUACGACGUGUUGUGUGGGAAGUUGGUUCUCUUGACCAAAAGCUAUGGGAUUUCUGUCUUGGCUUCUGGAUUAUUGUAGAACGAUAAGCUCAUGAGACUUCUGUUCAACCAAAUAAACACCACUUUAAAGAGGCCCUGUUAUGCUUUCUGCGGGUUUCUCUUUCCUGUAGUGUGCUGUGUAGUUUUCAGUGCACGUAAAUGGUCUGCAAAGGCUAAAAUCCCAGUACUUUUGUACAGCCUGUUCUACUGAGGCUACAACAAGUACUCGCCUUUCCAUUGAAAGGCUCCUGUUGUUUGUAGGUCUAUCUCAGGAGGAUCAAAUAACCCCAGUGGUGUUGUGGACAGAAGUGAGCUCUCACUCUGUCUCUGUUUUCAUGAACCAAGAGGAAAUAAUAUUUUGCAGUUUUGAAGCUAAUUCCCUUCUAUUCAAGCAUUUCACUUAUAUAGGCAUAUUUUCAACCAGUGAAAUGUGCAGCCUUGAAGAGAGUCAAUUGAAUUAAUUAACACACAUUAUUAUUUGGUUGAUAUGUUUUAGUUGUGCUCAACAUGUGUUUUGCAAACUUCAUACAGCAGGUAUUUACGGUAAUUAUCUGUAAAUCCUUCAAUUUAAUAGCAUUUUAUGAUGAAAUAUGUUAUAUUUUAUCCUAUAUUUUAUCUCACAUGGUGUCAAAAGCUUACAUUUUAAAAAAUAACAAUGUUUUCUGCUCACUAUUUGAUGGUUUGGCAUUACAGGGGUAAGAAGAGUAUUGUGUUUUUUCAUUUGUAAGUAUAAAGGGAGGUAAACUUUAUAACCAAUAUUUUGGAUUCUCCUAUUAUCUCAAAUUGAACAUCGUACAAGCAGAAUUAGCGAAGAAUAAAUAACUUUACAAGUAACUUUAGAAGAUUACCGUCUGUUCAUAUGGUGUCGAAUAACUUUUUGAAAGAUAUUCCAAAUAUGUAUUCAAUUCUCGUCGGAGUAACUCCUCUUCCCAAACAUAACAUAUCUUUGACCCGCCUUCAGGUGUCCCGUUGCCAUGCCAAUAGCAGCAUCACACACCGACUUCACUUUGGAUAGUUCAUUGACUAAGAGGAGAAAUAAAUAAAAACAUGUCUGCAGCCGAGGAGCGGGCUCUGGAGGAGCUGAACCGGCGGAGGGAGACCUGGUGUCGGGUGGAGGGGACCCCCCAGCAGGCCUGGGACCGCAGCGAGAGGAGACACUACCGGAAACACCUGCGCAGCACCCCGGGUCUCCUCACCGCUCGGCCCGCCGGAGAGCACCGCAGACCGAGGCCUCCCCCCUCCAAACUCCCAGAGAGGAGGCACUUCAAGGAGAGCUAUGAAUCACAACUGGUGUAAGCGGCUGCAGCCCGACGGGAGCUGACACAACAAAAACCUGAACUCAACAUUUACUCCUUUAAUGAAUAAAACAAUACCCAAAGUAA